AACGCCGCGCGCUCUCCUGCGCACCAAGCUACAUGAUACGGUAAAUGUUUACGAGCACAACAAUUUAACCAUCACUUUGGCAGUAAGACUCGGCUACAAACUUUAUUACUGAUUCACUUUUACAAAGCAUAAAGAAGGACGUCCGUCUGAAACACUGUAUCCAUUUUCCUCUUGACGGAGCACUGAAGAAUUUUCGUUCAAGACAUUUCAAUGCCACUUCUCCAGUAAGGAAGCAGAAAGAAGUGACAUUAGCAGAGGAAGCAGUGAGUUAGAGGAAGAGCAGGAUGAAGAUGGCGGAGAGCUGUGUGGUCCUGUUUGUCUUGGGCUGUGUGUGUGGACUGUCAUUGUCUUUAGACCCCCGAGAACCAAAUGUCUGCAGCUUAUGGGAAAGUUUCACCACUUCAGUGAAGCAGUCGUAUGCUCGCCCGUUUGACCAAGUGUAUGAAGAGACAUGCACCGAACCCUGGAGCCCUAACAAAUGUACCCGACACAGGAUCACUUAUAAAACAGCGUAUAGGCAGGUGGUAAAAAUGGACUACCGUAGGAGAUACCAGUGCUGCCGUGGCUUUUAUGAGAGUGGAAAUAAAUGUGUCCCACGUUGUACCAAAGAGUGUGUCCAUGGCCGUUGUGUAGCACCUGAUCGGUGUCAGUGUGAGAGCGGCUGGCGCGGAGACGACUGUUCCAGCUCAUGUGAUGCCCAGCAUUAUGGUCCAGGCUGUAAGAUGACCUGCGAGUGCCAGAACGGAGGAUUGUGUGAUGUUCUUAAAGGAUCUUGCCUCUGUCCUGCUGGAUUCACUGGUCCACAUUGCAAGGAGCCCUGUUCUGAAAAGUCAUUCGGUCUAGGUUGUCUACAGGAUUGCAAGUGUGGAACAGGAGGAUUCUGCAAUAAAACCACUGGGGAAUGUGUGUGCAAGACAGGUUUUACUGGAACAUUGUGUGAGGUGCCAUGUAUGAGACAAAAGUGUCCUCCACGCUGCCCAUGUCAGAAUGGAGGCAUCUGCCAAGGAAGAGGAGUCUGCUUGUGUCCUCAUGGCUAUAUGGGUGAAGUCUGUACUGAGCAAUGUCCACCGGGCCGGUUCGGUAUUAACUGUGCUAAUGAAUGUAUGUGCCAUAACGGUGGCCACUGUGAUCCAGUGAACGGCCAAUGUCAGUGCAAUGAAGGCUACACAGGAGAAAGGUGUCAUGAGGAGUGUCCAGUGGGUACAUACGGCAAGGACUGUAAGGGUGUGUGUGACUGUGCUAAUGGAGCCCGGUGCUAUAACAUCCACGGCGGAUGUCUGUGUGAUCAGGGCUUUACGGGUCCCCGCUGUGACCGAAGGAUGUGUCCUGAUGGGACCUUUGGCAUGCACUGUGAACAACGCUGCCUAUGUAACUCCCAAAACACUCUCAGCUGUCACCCCCUGAAAGGGGAGUGUACCUGUCAUCCUGGUUGGGCGGGGCUGUAUUGCAAUGAAACCUGUCCACAUGGUUACUAUGGUAACGGUUGUCUCGAGCCUUGUCUUUGUGUGAAUGGAGGAGUGUGUGACACAGUGACCGGCCAGUGCCAUUGUGCUCCUGGAUACACAGGUUUGCAUUGUGAGAAACAGUGUGAGGAUGAGUUUUAUGGGAACGAGUGCUUAUCUCCUUGUACCUGUGUAAACUCUAUAGCCUGUUCUCCUAUUGAUGGAACCUGCUUCUGUAAAGAGGGUUGGAGAGGUCUUGACUGUUCUGUGGCGUGCUCAAAGGGUGCAUGGGGUCCUGGCUGUAACUUCACAUGUCAGUGUGCAAACGGGGCAUCCUGUCACCCUGCUGACGGGUCAUGCAAAUGCACUGCAGGAUGGAGAGGAGACAAAUGUGAUGAGCCCUGUCCUAUAGGCACGUUUGGCCCAGGCUGUCAAGACAAAUGUGACUGUCUGCAUGAUGAGGGAUGCCACAGUAUUACAGGACAGUGUCUGUGUUUACCAGGCUGGACAGGUUCACGCUGCACAGAGCGAUGUCCAGAUGGCACAUGGGGACAUCAGUGCAACCAAACGUGCUCGUGCCUCAACAGCGCCACCUGUCAGGCACACACAGGAACAUGUCUGUGCAAACCUGGAUUCUGGGGAGCUCAGUGUCAACACAAGUGCAGUGCAGGUCUGUAUGGAGAGAAGUGUAGCCGUCAGUGCCCAUCGUGUGAACAUGCCACUUCCUGCCAUCACAUUACAGGCGAAUGUCAGUGUCUGCCUGGGUUUACCGGAACACUCUGUGAACAAGCCUGCCCCAUUGGUCGGUAUGGAAACCAGUGUAGCAGUGUAUGCAUGUGCACCAACAAUGCAACGUGUCAUCACAGGGAUGGUACCUGUCUCUGCCCUCCAGGAUGGGCUGGAUCAGACUGCUCCUCAUUCUGUCAGAUGGGGACAUUCGGCACUAACUGCGCUCAGAUCUGCUCAUGUCCACCAAACCAUUCCUGCGACCCUCAUACUGGAGACUGUACGUGUGUACCUGGAUCAGAUGAAGACUGCAGACCAGGGAGGGAGCUGAAUAUAAUGGUACCAGUGUCUCCAGUAGAGAGGGACUCAUGGGGGGCAAUUGGAGGCAUCGUGGUGCUGGUGAUUCUGGUGGUGCUUUUAUUGGCUGUUUUGUUGCUUUAUCGUCGCAGACAGCAAGACAAACAGAGCAACACACCUGUCGUUUCGUUCUCCUCGACCCGUACUGUCAGUUCAGAGUAUGCUGUGCCAGAUAUACCACUCAGCUACCAUCACUAUUACUCAAACCCAAGUUACCACACGUUGUCCCAGAGCAGACCUCCACUGCCCCACAUCCCCAACAACCAAGACCGAGCCAUCAAGAACACCAACAACCAGCUCUUCUGCAGUCUGAAAAACAGAGAGAGAGAAAGGAGAGGUCUGUUUGGAGCUGACACAAAUGCAACUCUUCCUCCAGGAUGGAAACACCAGGAGCCUCCAAAAGAUCCAGGGGCUUUUGGGAUUGAUCGGAGUUACAGCUAUAGCGCAACUAUUGGGAAGCGCUACAACAAAGAGCUGAAAGAUUCAUGCGUGGCAGUAAGCAGCAGUUCUCUAAACAGUGAGAACCCAUACGCCACCAUCAAAGAUCUGCCCGGCCUGCCGCCGUGUCCACCAGAGAGCAGCUACAUGGAGAUGAAGUCUGCGGUGCCCCGCGAGCGAUCCUACACUGAAAUCAGAUCACCGGCCGUGACCUCCUCUUCUCCAGUUUACAGAGAGCAUUGUUCUAUUGGCAACGUUCCGGAACAGGAGCCUCAGAAUCACUAUGAUCUGCCGAUCAACAGCCACAUUCCCGGGCAUUACGAUCUGCCCCCUGUGCGGAGACCACCCUCUCCAUCACCACGGAGACUGCCCCAUUGAUCUCCUUACACUUCAGUGUUUACAAACUUUGCUGCUUCUGAAAAUUCACUGCCAAAACAUGCCAGUUUACAAAAAGUGGAUAAUCCAUGCAUUGAUGGUUGGGAGCAAAGACUGUCAGCACAGCUGCACAACACUGCCAUCUAUUGGACGCCAUUGAAUGUUAAUAGCGCAGAAUGCCUCUUUUAAAGUAAAUGAACUCGGCACAGAGGUGUUUUUCUACCUGUAAAUAUUUUCUGGGUGAUUUUAUGUUUUUUUUUAAACAAAGACAAGAAGGAACUUACAUACAGCUUUUGACAAUUUGCUGGAUAUUGUGUCACACAUACUGUGUUGUUUAAAUCACGCUGCCAUUUCUGUGUGUUUUGCUCAGAAACACACGUGGCAAGUGGCAACUUUAGUACUUGACUGAUGGGCAAAACCCUUUAUGAUCUUAAUCUUUGCACAUGUUUCUAUGGAGAUAGUUGCUCAUCGCCUGUCACUUAGUGGCCAUAUUUAAAAACAAAUUUAUGUGAAAUAUACACAUAAGAUAUACAAGGUAUGUUCAAAUGAAAGACUAUGCAAAUUAUUUUAAAUAGGAAGAAUCUGUGCUUUGAUGGGUUAAAUGCUACAUAUCGGUUUUUAAUCUGGUAAUCAGGGUUGUAAAUGACAAAAAACACUUUAACAGUUAAAAAACAGGCUUAUUAUGAGAUUGUAAAUUUGAAAGCACAUAAGAGAUCGCUUUGAAUGUCAGUUGAAUUCAACAAUAAAAUCUGUAUAUAGUGUAAAUAAAAUGUGUUCAUGCACAACAGCAUGUAUAUGAAUUAUCCUUGUCAAUCAGGUAUUAACUAAAACACUUAGGGACAGUUUUCCGGAGACUGGUCUUAGCUAUAUUAGGACAUUUAAGUCGUUUUUACAAACAUACCUUACAAAAUAGCAAUAUUGGUGUGCAUCUUAGAAUUAAACAAUGACACUGAUACAUGCAAAGGGGCACGUCACAAUUAUUUUUUAAGAUGUCAAAUAAAUCUUUGGUGUCCCCAGAGUACGUACGUGAAGUUUUAGCUCAAAAUACCAUAUAGAUCAUUUAUUAUAUAUGUUAAACUUGCCACUUUGUAGGUGUGUGCGAAAAUGUGGCAUUUUGGGUGUGUCCAUUAAAUGCAAAUGAGCUGAUGAAAUGCA